GCUAUCGCCCCUUCCCCGCCCGACAUGAGCGCGAAGGCUCUUGUGUAAAGUCUUUGCACUAAUCUUAACUUCCCCGAUCGGUAUGUCGACCCCACGCAAUCGGUCACAUGAUGGAUGCUGGACUUGCAAACGUAUCAGGAGAAAAUGCGACCAAACCCACCCAGCAUGUCUAGUCUGCCAACGGCGCGCUGUGAAAUGUGAAGGUUACGAGAUACGAUUACGAUGGGGAUCCGGCAUUGCUUCGCGUGGCCGUUUUAUCGGUGCUUGUGAGCCCGUCGAGGCUUCCAUUCCUCCUCGGGUAAAGGGCAGGCGACGCGAUUUGAGUCGAGAGAGACGCCGAGCGUCUGGAACCCUAUGUAGUGAAAUCUACCAGUCAUCAGGGUGGCUUACUUUGUCGCAAACCAAUGAACCAGUGCCCGAAGUGAAUCCGGACAUUCAAUCCUCCGCGGCAGACGAAAAGGAGCGAUUAUUCCGAGAAUUUCUCUCAUCAGGAAUCAAUGUUCUCCAUUCCACGUCUGUGAAUGAUGCGCGAAUCAACCUUAAACUCCGGCUUCCAACUUUGUGUGUGCAGUCAAGUUCCUUGUACGCGAUUUGUGUGGCACUUCAGGCUUCAAUGUCACCUAAUCUCAGGUCUCAAUUUUUCGAGCAUUUUGAUGUGGCAUUAAAUCUAUUCCGCGCGGAGUUAUCAAGGAACGUAACCUAUCUGGAAGAUGGUACCUUAACGGCAGGACUACUGCUCUGCAGCAUUGGGCUUAUGCAUGCCAUGCCGUGGACGAUGCAUCUUCAUGGAAUGUAUGGAAUCCUCCAGGCGCACGGACUCCAUGGCCCCGGGGAACAAACAGAAUUCCGAACACAUCUGCUGGAGGUGAUGGGAGUAAUGGACCUCCCAACAUUCACGGUUGGCAGAAGUACAUCUCUCGGCUUUUGGCGACGGUAUUGUCGCGGCAGGGUCCCUUCACAGCCCUCGUCUGGUGAUGAAGAGGUUGAGGUUGUUAGUGGCCUACCUAGGUCAUUGUUAGAUAUAAUCUCCUGCAUUGGUGAAGGGGCUACUGAGGAGCACUUUUGGGACUGGUCGGGGAGUCCGGGCAGUUUAUCUCAGCAUCAGCUUUGGGAAGCCUAUCGGCUGGCCGGAAUGCUGGCCGUAAGGCACAGUGAGCUGCUUUCGGUGCCACAACCACAAACAAUGCAGACGGAUAAAGAAACGAGCCGUGUAGUAGUUCUACCAUCGACUGCUAUCAUAGUGUCGCGCGUUCUGGGCCAUUUAGACGCUCUCCGGAGAGCAUCACCGGAGGAAGAGGCAAAAGGCUCUUUGAUUUUAAACGCAAUUAAGUAUCCAGCGUUCAUCGCAGGCCUCCAGGCAGACAUCUUCAAUGCACACCCAGAGUUCAAGGUUGUUAUCCGAUGUUGCUUGUCGACAUAUCAACAUCGUCAUAGAUUCGGAGAAGAUUUUGAUCUUUUGCUUGAGGUCCUGGAGGAGUGGUGGGUACACCAUCAUGAAAUGACAAGCCCACACCAGCUUGCCCUAGGCCGUGAAAUGGAGAUCGGGCUUUUAUAGUUGAUCACGCACGAAUCUGGCAACUAACGAGAACUAUCCACUUUCUUUUGGGCUGCCUUCCUCAGCAUAACCCAACAGUCGACGGCUUCACCUCCAUCAGCCAGAUUGACCUUCUCGAUGACUUCAAACCCUAAGGCUGCGUAGAAUCCUACAUUCUGUUCAGCCGUACAUUCUAGAACUAUCGACUGAUGAUCUACAUACUCUAGGAUACCGUUCAUCGCGAUCUUGCCCAGCCC